AUUGGAAUUGUGGAAUAGAUGCCGAUGCAAGGUUAUAGUCUCUCAUACCAUAAUAUUUGAACUUAAGCUCUCAAACUGAUCAAAUUGCCCAGUUUAUCAGCAGUAUGAUCGUGUGGUUCAUUAUGGCUCUCUCAUCCUCUGAAAAACUGCUUUUACCUCCUUUCCUCUGGACCGUGACUUUUGUUUUUGCUGUGCAGCUCAUUUGGCCUCUUCUGCGUUGCCUUGGUAACCUGCUGGUCAGUGGAGGUGAUGUAAAGCCAGAGGACACUCGUCUCCUCGCCGCGCUGUGUGUCUUUAGUCAGGUUUACCUUCACCCUCAUCCUGCUCUGUCCAGAGAGAGCCUGUGGGCGCUCAACAACCUCACUGCUGGCUCCAGUGGGUUCUGCUCUGGCCUGCUGCUCCUUAAUAUGGUUCCCAUAUUAAUCCGAUUUCUGUCUUUCUCUAAAGGAAUUAACUCAAUGGCACUGAGAGUUCUGGGUAAUAUCGCCCAUCAUGGCACAGAAUAUUGUGUUGGUUUGACACAAGCAGGGCUGCUGACCGCCCUCUGUGCCACACUCAAGAUGGCCGAGCCAGAGGUGGUCACCCUGAGCCUGGAAGUGCUGUACAUGCUGGUGUCCAGCUGCCCACAGGUGGUGGAGGAGUUUAUGAGGUUAAAUGGUGUUCCUCUGCUGGAAGCCAUUCUGUACAACAGUGAAGGAGAGCAACGUGUCAGAGCUGCCUACCUUCUCGAUCAUCACUUCCCUUCUUUCUCUGAGGUGGAGAGCUUUUCAUCAUAACACAUCCAAUGACAGAAUUGCAAAGAUUACUCUUUGCAAAGAUUUUCUGUUUUCUUCAAAGCAAACUGAAUGGACUUUUCUGAAUUGUACAGAAAAUAAAUACCUUUUUUUACUGCACAUGUGAAGCAUGUUCAUGUGUUUUUGCUACCUGCUGAUCCGACUGACCCUUGGAUGCACAGAACAGCAUUUUAAUGGUUUGUAUAGUGAAUAUAUCUGAAUGUUGCCAUUUCUUCAAAAGUCACUAGGAGUUCCACAAGCCUCACAUGUGAC